AUGUGUGACCUUCUCGUUGACUUCGCCGUUAUUCAUUUAAUCACCGUCCAGACCUUCGCUCGCAUCUCAAACCCAACCUGGCAGAAUAUAAUGCCUGCUCGAAACACGCUGCAUCACACUUUUCCGGGCGCUCGAUCUGCAGACGUUCUGGCAAGCGCCUUACGAAACGUUCUCACACUUAUCAACGGCGUAAUGGUUUCAUCUUCGGCUACGGCUGCGAUUCAUGAUCAUUUUUCCACCAUGCUGGUGCAUGCCCAAAGUAACACCUGGUCCCGCACAGCACGAAGGGGAAAACUUCCAAAAACGGUCUACGCAGAUCAAGAAUUGCUAGUCCUGCGUUGUUCAGUUGAAUGUUGCGAACGAUCAUCUUCUUAUACUUCAAGUGACAUUGCAUGCGAGCUUCUGUUCACCUGGGU